AUGGCCCAAACUACCUUCAUAGCAGAGCCAGGGCAUUGGUUCCUGCGCGGUGUACAGUCCGCCAUAUUCUAUUAUAUCUCCUUCACGCCAUGUCUCGAGUUUCAGCACAAGCGCAGGAGGAGGAAAGAAGCCAAAGCACACAAUGCACAGCAACAAGAUGUUGUUACGACUCAACCAGGCGCUGUCAGACAGCCGGGACCAUUCCAGACGAACGAGACAUGGGCGGAGGAGUUGAUGCUUGGUCCGGGACCACCAAAAGGUUGGAAAGGAGAUAAACUGUUGGAAAGACUGCAGAAGAAUGUGUCUAGACCAGCGGAGGGCCUGGAUGCGGCGUCCAACUCGCCUGAAGUGCAAGAGACAACUCACCCAGUCGCAUCUUCGUUGCAGCCAUCUAGACCGUCAACGGAAACUUCAAUGAGAUCAUCUUCAAGCGAGACUGAAAGCAUGUCAUCUGAAGAUCAUGCUGCUGGUGCUCCGAAACCAAAGUCUGUAUCGAGGCCAACCUCAACCGAGCGGAGGCUGUCGAAUGCUGUGGAGAAUAUCAAAGACUCUCUACGAACAACUCUGCAUCCUGAGAAAUGGAAUUGGAAAAGAUAUGAUAGAGAGGACGAGAUUCUUGGAGGGUUCAGCGAGCGAAUGACGCGGAUGUGGAAUCGAGCUACUUCCGGAACGCACCAAGAAGGUACGGAAGAACAACAACAACAAGAUGGAGAUCUCUCUACACAACGACGAAAACGGGCACCAACAAACGAAAGCGACCGUUAUGAUUACCGCAGAUCAAGACAUCCCGAAGUCAAUGACCUACAUCCCCCGGUUGUCUCGCAGUUGCCCCCCACCAGAGACGAAGCUGCAUGGAUGAUGCUUCCUCCCCCGAGUGCUGCUGUAAUGGCUGGAAAGAAGCGACCGGGCGCAGAGACAGAGAUGCGGUGGCCAUUGGCUGUUAUUGGAAGUCCAAAGAGAUACCCAGCCCCUGAGCCAGUAUUGGCCAUGACGCUCUCCACCGAAGAUGUCAAUUACGGCGGUGCCGGCGGUGACGACAAGGAUAACGAAGAAGGAGAUGUUAGCGACAUGGAGUAUGAGGAUGUUACUCCUUCCCGAACCGACGAGCUCAUUGAACCACCCACCCCGAAACGAACGAAGCAUCUUUCCGAGCCUAUCAUCAAAACCCCCUCACUAGCUUCGGCAUCAUCCCUCACAGAAGAUUCGAUUGCCCUCAAAAGGAGAGAUUCAUGGCAAAUUCACUAUGUUAUUCCGUCCGAUCGCCCGCUGUCUUGA